AUGCGCAAUGUGGAGAUGCAGCAUCCUCAGCAAGUACAACCAAAGCAGGAAGUAGACGAGAGCGGUAGUAAUGGCCUUGCAAGUCAGCAAAAGAUUAAGCUCGGAAAUUUGCAUUUCAUUCAAGACCCAAACGACCCUCAGAAGUGGAUUAUUACUUCGGCAGCAGCUGAUACUCCGACCGAAACAACCGCGCCAGCAGUAUCGUCGUCUUAUCAGCCGGGAUAUCGUUACAAUCGACAGAAUGAAUUUGAUGUUACACCAACUGCUUCUACGGUAGGCCAACAACUGGGAUACAAGCAGCAAAAAACACCCAAAAGAACAGCCUGCAGCUGCCCGAACUGUCAAAGCAGUAUCAAUAACAAACUUGUUAAAAGUGGCGAGAAACAGCGUUUGCACAUAUGCCACCUUUGUCAAAAAACAUAUGGGAAGACAUCACAUUUACGCGCUCAUCUGCGAGGACAUGCGGGGCAAAAGCCGUUCGCAUGCGACUGGGCACACUGCCAGAAAAGGUUUACUCGCUCCGAUGAGUUACAGCGGCAUCGCAGAACUCAUACGGGUGAGAAACGUUUUGCUUGUACUCAGUGUGGCAAGAAAUUCAUGCGCUCAGAUCACUUGACGAAACACGAACGGACGCAUUCAACUGUCAGGGGCCACAACAACGCAGAGUCGGGCGGGCGGACUCGAGCAUCGGUGGAUGCGGCUGUACGGGCCGUGGCAUCUGCGGAAGUAAACUCAUCCCAGGCAAAUUUGAUCAGUACACAACCAUCAGCUCUUAUUAAUUCAAAUUAA